AUGAGGGUGUCAACAUCUGCCCGUCAGACCCUGGUGCAGGCUGCUCUUCUCUCCAUUGUCUCCGCCGUCCCGGCUCCUACAGCCUUUGUCAAUGAUGUCGCGCCACCUGAGCCCGUUAUCACUCCAUCCCCCGUCCAGAAUUAUCCUUCUCGAGUGGCGGGUCGAAAUAUCUUGAGUGAUGUGGAUUCCGACAUUCACAGCGUUCUUUCCGGACUCGGGUCGGAUCUACCUUCGUGGGUCGCAUCGGGCGUGCCCAACUACUUCCAGGGCUUCCCCACGGGCGAUGCUGUGGUGAGCUCUCUGGGCUUAAAUAGCGCCGAGUUGGCAGCCUUGCCCACCAAUGUGUUGAAUAUCGACCCCUACGCCAACUGGACAAGCUCCGGCUGGAACGUCCGCUUCCACGGAAAUGUCUACAAACAACCCAACACCUCCGUCUCCGAUUUGAACAAGUUGGCCAACGUCUUCCUCGGAAAUACCAGCAUCUCAGAUCUUUCGCAAUCCGAGCAGGAUCAAGCGCGGAACCUGACGGCGGAAAUCCUGGUGGUUCAGCAGCCACACGUCCCUGUCAACACCAUCCACCUGGAGCCAGCCCCGAGUCAAGGAUCCAGCGGCCAGCCCGGCGGCGGUGGAGCCUCCAAUACCACCGGUGGCACCCAGGAUCUCACUCUGCCAUACAAUACCACCGUUGAAGGUGACUUUGACACCUUCGUGCCAAUUGCACUCAAUAAUCUGACAGCCGGCAAUGAAACCUCGGCCAUCCAACGACUGAACACAUAUGUGGAGGGGGCAACCAUCGGAAACAGCACAGCCUAUCUGGUGCCUCCCACCGGUCUUACCAUCAUUUCCGACAUUGACGACAUCCUACGAGUCACCAAGAUCUAUGAACCCGAGCAAGGGUUGCUUAAUUCAUUUGCCCGUCCCUUCAGACCAUGGGAAAACAUGCCCGACAUUUACCGCAACUGGUCUAUCAGCGUCCCAAACCUACACUUCCACUACCUAACAACAACCCCCGAACAAGUAACCCGAAACUACAUGCAAUUUAUCUACGACACCUACCCAGGAGGCUCCUUCGACACCCGUCCCCUCAACUUCAGCGACGUGUCCGCCACCCUCUCCAUCCGCAAAUACCUCCUCACCAAGAUCUUCGAGACCUUCCCACAACGUAAAUUCAUCCUCAUCGCCGACACCAGCAACAGCGACAUCAUGCGCGAUUACCCAGAAAUGGCCACCGAUUUCCCGGGCCAAGUGCAGUGUAUCUGGCUCCGGAACACAAGUGCGACGGACUCCGGGGAUAGAUUCCCAUAUGAUACUUCGGGGUUCAAGAACCUGAAUCAGUCGAAUUAUAUGUUUUUCUUGCAUGCGGAGGAUUUGAUGAACUUGGAUAUUGCCAAUGGGGAGUGUUAUAACACGUCUAUUCCGCAGAAUUUGACGUUUGGGUAUCAGGGGUUGCCGUUGGGGUUGGGCGAUGGGACGACGGCGUACAAGUUCGGGUAUAUUCCAUAA